AUGUCUUUUUAUAUUUUACAUCCGCAAACCGUGACUACACCCGGUUAUUCAUCAUCUUCACUUCUUAAGACCCGAAAUAUAUCAGUACCCAUUUUACCGCGUUAUUGUACAGCACGGCCGCUCACCAUAGUGGAGCGACAACCACUUCCUGCAGUUAUUGCACUGCAAAAUGUGCAGCGGUCGGAGAAAGCUGCAGUACUGCAACAACCUAUUGAGCAGUUGCUUGGUCUGGAAGUUCCAGAGGAACAACCAGUUCGAAAACGUGAACGUUUGAAUCAUUUAACGGCGGAGGAGAAACAGAAUCGACGUAAAUUAAAAAAUCGUGUAGCUGCGCAAACAGCGCGUGAUCGCAAGAAGUACCGUGCGAGCAAACUUGAAGAAGCUGUUCGGAUACUUGUCCUAGAGAAUGGAAAAUUGCGGGAGGAAAAUAAGUGUUUGAAGAAGACGUGUGAAGAACUAAAGGGUCACAAUGUCGAGUUGCGGGGUUUGUUGAAUAAUAAUCAGGAACGUGAAGGAUCAUGCUCGGAGACGGAAGUUAGUAGCAGUAGUAGUAUGUCAUCAUCGUCCCUUGGAUCUGCCGAAUCCAUUCGCGGUCCCCAGCAGAGGGAACAGGCGAUGAUGCAAAUCAUUGGGGAAAUCUGCGCAGCUGACGGAACAGAUCCGACGUUGCAAGAUCCUGAUGGAACGGCACUCGGUUUCGAGCGAUUUUGUUCAAAGAUACUUAGCGAAAUUGAUAACACUGUUACGACGUCAGAUACCGUUGAAUCGAAACCCCCAAAAAGCUGCAACAUACGUCAAAUGGAUUGCACAACACCAGAUAUCAUCAUAGCACCUGAGUAUUUAAAAUCGGACCUAGAAUCCCAAACAUCGAUCUCUGCCUGUGCAAAUAUUGCUGGAGUGGAACAUAUGGAAUCAUCUUCUGGUGUUAAUUUUAAUAUGAGUGAUCAUGAAUUUGAAUGUGAACAAUCAUCCGGUUACUCAUCAUUUAGUGCAUCUCUCAACGCAUCAAGGGAUUUGGUUUCAUCUCCUCCCUCAUUCACUUUUUUUGACGAUAUAACAGAAGAAAACAAUGAUUCUUCACCUCUUAUUAGUGAUAAUGAUCCAAUGUUUUGUGUCCCACAUAAAUGGGAUGUCGACGAUGAUUAUAUAUAA